AUGCGGAACUCAUGGCGGCCACGUCCAGGCGGCUCCCGGGGCGCCUCUUCCGGCCCCCAACGACACUUCGUCUCACUCAAAUCCACGUGCCCCGUCUCGCUCUCCCGGCCGCUCGCCUUUCUCCUUACGACCCUCCUCGCCCUCAGCUGCCUCAUUUCUGGCGUUCAUGCUGACUCUCGACCGCGAAAUCCCUUGCGCACAAUCGCCCGCGUCGAAGACGCCGUCCUGCAUGCACCAUCACACCGAGUGCACGCGCUCUCGCAUUUCCAAAUCUCCCUGACGCUGCACCAGGAAGACUCUGGCCGCCGCCUGCCGGUCCGCCUCCGCCUUGAGCCGAACCACAACAUCCUCGCCGACGAUGCCGCCAUCCAUCACAUGAAUGCCGACGGCACCAUUGUCGUUGAGAAGAUCAACCGCCUCGACCACCGCGUCUUCAUGGGCCACGCCUUUGUGCAGACCGGCCACGGCCUUGUUGACGGCAACAUCAACGACAACCACUGGAUCAAUGCCGGCUACGCCAGCGUCUACAUCCAUGCCGACGGCGAUCGUCCCAUCUUCGAGGGCGCCUUCCAUCUAGCCGGCGACCACCACCACAUCCAAACCAACCGCAACUUCCUCCACACACGCGUUGCUGGCGAUCCAGUCAUUGGGUAUGAGACCGACGAGUUCAUGGUGGUGUGGCGCGACUCGGAUAUUCUGCCGGAUGCAGCCAUGCUCGACGUGGAGCUGCGGCGCCGGUUGAUGCAGCGGGGCCUGGACUUGACGCCCGUCGGGAACGACACGAUUGACGGCAGAAGCCUCUUCGCUCCAGGGUGUGUCUCGGACGGCCUGGCAUUCAACCAGGACGCCUUGCACCCGAUCUACUCUGGCAUGGACAUUGAUCGCUACACGGAUAUUGUCAAACGCGAGUCCGGCUCGGUGGCGUCCGCGUCCAGUGGCAGGUGGCUGUUUGGCCGCCAAAUUGAUGGCACGGGUGGCACAGGCGGCAACGCCGGAGGCAUCAACCUAGCAUCGACCAUUGGCAAUCCGUCGGGCUGCCCGACAGCCCGGAAAGUGGCCCUCAUGGGCAUUGCCGCCGACUGCAACUACUGGAACCUCUUGCGGGACAACACGACGGACAACAUUGUUGCCCAGGUGAACGCGGCGUCACGCGUGUACGAGAACACCUUUAACAUUUCACUGGGCAUCCAGCAUCUUCUCAUCCAAAACAACAGCUGUCCGAGCGAUGCGUCGACCACCGCCACGCCGUGGAACGCGGCCUGCGGCCUUUCCAUUACAGACCGGCUGAACCUCUUUUCCAAGUGGCGCGGCGAGUCCGCCAACGACAACAACGCCUUUUGGAUGCUCCUGAGUACGUGUGCCACCGAUUCGGCCGUCGGCCUCGCCUGGCUGGGACAGCUGUGCGUGCCGGGCUCGCAGUCGAGCGGGUCCCAGACCAUCGCUGCCACCAACGUCGUCAUUCGAACCUCGACGGAGUGGCAGGUCAUGGCACAUGAAAUCGGCCACACAUUCGGAGCCGUGCAUGACUGCACCAGCCAAACAUGCAGCGAUGGCACCGCGACGAAGCAGCAGUGCUGCCCGCUCAGUGCCUCCAACUGCAACGCCAACGGCGCCUUCAUUAUGAACCCGAGCACGGGCAUCGGCAUCACACAGUUCUCGUCGUGCACACUGGGCAACAUCUGCUCUGCCAUGGGACGCAACAGUGUCAAGUCGUCGUGUCUGAGCAACAACAAAAACGUCGUCACCGUCACAGGAAGCGAAUGCGGAAACGGCAUUGUCGAAGCCGGCGAGGACUGCGACUGCGGCGGCGUCGAAGGCUGCGGCAGCAACAGCUGCUGCAACCCAACGACGUGCAAGUUCACUGCCAAUGCGCUGUGCGAUCCGUCCAACGAUGAGUGCUGCACGCCAACGUGUCAGCUCGCAGGCAGCGGCACGGUCUGCCGCCCCAGCACGGGGUCAUGUGAUCCGGCCGAGACAUGCUCGGGCACCAGCGCCGCAUGUCCUUCUGAUGUCACGUCGCCCGACGGCAUGGCGUGUGGCGCUUCGGGCUCCGGGCUCACGUGCGCCUCGGGCCAAUGCACAUCGCGCAACUUGCAGUGCAAGACGCUCAUGGGAUCGCUGACGACGAGCAACGACACCUACGCGUGCAGUUCGCAGGGCUGCCAGCUGAGCUGCGCGUCGCCCGAGUUUGGCCCCAACACGUGCCUAUCUAUGAACCAGAACUUCCUCGACGGUACGCCGUGCCAGGGCGGUGGCCGUUGCAACAACGGCAACUGCGAGGGCGUGUCUCUUUCCAAGGAAAUUGCGGAGCUGUACCGCAACAAUCUCGCGAUUUCGAUCCCCGUUACGGUGGUCGUCGGUAUUUUGGUGCUCCUGCUCUUCUCCACCUGUCUGUGCUCCAUUGCAAAAGGGCGCCGUCGCCGCCGGCACAUGCGCCAGCUCGCCCGCAUGGGCAUGCCGCCGCCGCCUGUGCAGCCGCGCUCUCCUGGGUGGUUCGGCCUGGGAGGCAAGCGGCUGUCGAAGAACACCAAUGCCGGUCCAGCAGGUCCAGCGGGUCCAGCGGGUCCUCCGGGUCCUGGCGCGACCGGUGCCGGCGUCUACGGUACAUACCGUGGCUACGCUGUCGGUGGCGCGCCCGGUGCCACAAACGUGGCUCAGAACGUGCCGCCCGCCGAUGGUGCUCCCCGCUCACGCUGGGCGUUCUGGCGCUCCAGCAACACGGGCGACAACACGAACAAAAACACAAGCGCAGAAUCCGUCAACGUCGCCCAAGUCCCGCCAGCACAGCCGCGAAGCUUCCACGACGAUGGAAGCAACUGGCCAACACCAAGUGGCAAUCUGCCACCGUCGGUGGGUCCGUGGAGAACGAGCGGCUACGGCGGGGGCCCAGGCGGCCCGGGUGCACAAGGACCACCACUGCCACCGGCCUACGACGUGCGGCCACAGCCGCAACAGGCUCCGCCACAAUGGACUACACAGUCUUUCCAGGCUCCUCGGUAUGCUUGA